GGCGAGCUCGGCCGCCCGGGCUCGCGCAAGCAGCAACUCAUCGCUCCCGCUUAAUCCCUGCCCACCCAAAUAAACCCUCGCUAUCUCCCAAGCCCCAGGAUCUCCACUUCUAGUACCUCUGCUCGAUUGAAAGGACGAAGCCGCUCCAAUGGCGCUCGCGAACCCUUCUCUCCUCUCAACUCGCUCGAUUUGUAGAUUAAAUCCUCUGUCACUCUCUUCUCGCACCCUCAGAUUCGGAUUCACGCCUUUCCGCAGGAAGCUAAAUCGACCCAGUCGGAGGUUCUUCUCAGUUUUGGCAUCCCAGAACGACAUUUUCAGCUCUCCAGAUACGGCAAAAUCGUUUGAUUUUUCAUCGGAGGAACGGAUAUAUAACUGGUGGGAUUCUCAAGGGUAUUUCAAACCUAGCUUUGAUCGGGGAGGAGAUCCUUUUGUGAUUCCAAUGCCACCUCCAAAUGUUACCGGUUCACUGCAUAUGGGUCAUGCAAUGUUUGUGACUCUUGAGGAUAUAAUGGUGAGGUACUUCCGUAUGAAGGGAAGGGCUACACUUUGGCUUCCUGGCACUGAUCAUGCUGGUAUUGCAACUCAGUUGGUGGUUGAAAAAUUGCUUGCAUCCGAGGGCAUCAAAAGGACCGAACUAAGUAGGGAGGAGUUCGCCAGGAGAGUGUGGGAGUGGAAAGAGAAGUAUGGUGAAACAAUCACUAAGCAGAUAAGGAGAUUAGGUGCAUCUUGUGAUUGGACUAGGGAACGUUUCACCCUUGAUGAGCAGCUAAGUCAAGCGGUGGUUGAGGCAUUCAUAAGGCUUCAUGAAAAUGGACUUAUUUAUCAAGGAUCUUACAUGGUCAACUGGUCCCCCAGUCUUCAGACUGCAGUUUCCGACUUGGAAGUCGAGUAUUCUGAAGAGCCUGGUACUUUGUUUUACAUCAAGUAUCGUGUUGCUGGUGGUUCAAGGAGUGACUAUUUAACAAUAGCUACCACUCGUCCUGAAACAUUAUUUGGUGAUACAGCGAUUGCAGUGCAUCCUGAGGAUGAACGUUAUUCAAAGUAUAUAGGCAAGCUGGCCAUUGUACCUUUGACAUUUGGCAGGCAUGUUCCUAUUAUCUCUGACAGAUAUGUUGAUAAAGAAUUUGGAACUGGAGUUUUGAAGAUAAGCCCAGGGCAUGAUCACAAUGAUUAUCAUCUCGCUAGAAAGCUUGGUCUGCCCAUACUUAAUGUUAUAAAUAAAGAUGGGACUCUAAAUGAAGUUGCUGGGAUGUAUUGUGGGCUAGAUCGAUUUGAGGCUCGAAAGAAAAUAUGGGCUGAUCUUGAAGAGACAAGUCUUGCAGUAAAAAAGGAAUCUUAUACAUUACGAGUUCCCAGAUCCCAGCGUGGCGGUGAAGUAAUAGAGCCUCUAGUCAGUAAACAGUGGUUUGUUUCCAUGGAGCCUUUAGCUGAGAAGGCCCUUCAUGCAGUUGAAAAGGGACAAUUAACUAUUCUUCCUGAGAGGUUUGAAAAGACAUAUAAGCACUGGUUGACAAAUAUUAAGGAUUGGUGUAUAAGUAGACAGUUGUGGUGGGGUCACAGAAUCCCAGUUUGGUAUAUUGUGGGUAAGGUUUGUGAAGAAGAGUACAUUGUUGCAAGGAGUGAAGAAGAAGCACUUGUAAAAGCUCGUGAACAAUAUGGAAAAUCUGUUGAAAUAUAUCAAGAUCCCGAUGUUUUGGACACUUGGUUUUCAAGUGCAUUAUGGCCUUUUAGCACCCUUGGCUGGCCAGAUGUAUCUACUGAGGAUUUCAGGCAGUUUUAUCCAACAACAGUCCUCGAGACAGGACAUGACAUUUUAUUCUUUUGGGUAGCUCGAAUGAUCAUGAUGGGGAUUGAGUUUACAGGAAGUGUUCCCUUUUCCUAUGUUUAUCUGCAUGGGCUUAUUCGAGACUCUCAAGGGCGAAAAAUGUCUAAAACAUUGGGAAAUGUCAUAGAUCCUAUAGAUACUAUCAAAGAAUAUGGUACAGAUGCACUGCGUUUCACACUUUCUUUGGGGACAGCUGGCCAGGACCUCAAUCUGUCCACUGAGAGACUGACUUCCAACAAGGCUUUCACGAACAAAUUAUGGAACGCUGGCAAGUUUGUCUUACAGAAUUUGCCUGGUAAAAGUGAUGUCUCUGCAUGGGAACACUUGUUGGCAUAUAAGUUUGAUACAGAGGAAUCACUUCUUAAAUUAGCAAUACCAGAAUGCUGGGUGGUCUCAAAACUUCAUGAGCUCAUUGAUAUUGUCACCACAAGCUACGACAAGUUUUUCUUUGGAGAUGCUGGUAGAGAAAUCUAUGACUUCUUCUGGGGUGAUUUUGCUGACUGGUAUAUUGAGGCUAGCAAAACUCGCCUCUAUCACUCUGGGAGCCAUGCAGUUGCUUCUAUAGCACGAGGUGUUCUUUUGUAUGUUUUUGAAAACAUACUGAAGUUGCUACAUCCUUUCAUGCCAUUUGUCACUGAAGAAUUAUGGCAGGCAUUGCCAUAUCGAAAGCAAGCUCUUAUAGUAUCUCACUGGCCUGAAUCAUCACUUCCAAGGGAUACCAAAUCAAUCAAAAGAUUUGAGAAUUUACAAUCCUUGACUAGAGCUAUCAGGAAUGCACGAGCUGAAUAUUCUGUUGAGCCGGCUAAACGUAUAUCUGCUUCUAUUGUUGCAAAUGCUGAUGUCCUUGAUUAUAUCUCAAGUGAAAAGCAAGUCUUGGCUCUACUAUCUAGGCUUGAUGUACACAAUAUUAAUUUCACAGAAUCUCCUCCAGAUGAUGCAAAACGAUCGGUUCACAUUGUGGCUGGUGAAGGUUUGGAGGCUUAUCUCCCUCUUGCAGAUAUGGUGGAUAUAUCAGCUGAAGUCCAGCGGCUCUCUAAGCGCCUUUCGAAGAUGCAAUCAGAAUAUGAUGCUCUUGUUGCUCGCCUCAAUUCCCCUAAGUUUGUAGAGAAGGCACCUGAGGAGGUUGUCCGUGGGGUAAGAGAGAAGGUAAGUGAUGCAGAGGAGAAAUUAAUGCUCACCAAGAACCGUCUUGCAUUUCUCCAAUCAACAGUUCCUGUAUCGGGAUAGUUUAUGCCGUCAAACUCGAUAUAAUCCUUAUUCACUGAAGGAAGCUGUUGAUUCUAUGCUUCUAUAGUUUGAUUGCUGAUUGCCUUCCCAUGUGGGUUUGUAAUUGGGAUACAUCAGAAAGUGAAGCAGCUACUUUGUAUCCAGAAGAAUGGGAGUCGUCAGGAGGAUCCAUGUUAUUCCAUUUCUUGCUUCCAUGGAAGGCCCUCUUCAGUUUUGAAGGUGUAGUUCAAAAAAUUUUGCAUUGUGACAGUUCGGUACAGUUACAAGUACUAUUGUUUCAAAUAUCUAUCAUCAUUUUUUUUAAGAAAGCACCAAAAGUGCUUGUAAACUUGCAAAAAUAAAAUUGCAAGAAUUUGUCAUUUACUGAUUAUUGUGAACAAUAAUAGAGAAUGAACAGAAAGCCAUCUAUCUAUAUGUAUAAUUGUAGUAGGGAAAUGUUUAUGCAGGGGGAAAAAGAACAAAGUCUGUAGACAUAAGGAAUUUUAUAGAUAUGGAAAGGUUGUAUUACUUCA